AUGGAGGAAGUAGGAGGAGACAAUCACACAUCUAUCACAGAAUUCCUCCUUCUAGGAUUUGGGACCAUUCCACAGCUACAGAUUUUUCUCUUCCUGCUGUUUCUAGUGAUCUAUAUGUUGACCGUGACUGGGAACAUCCUCAUCAUUGUGCUUGUUGUUGCUGAUCCGCAGCUUCAUACCCCCAUGUACUUCUUCCUGGGAAACUUGUCGUACUUGGAGACUUGCUACACCUCCACUGUCCUGCCCAGGAUGCUGGCCAGUCUCCUGACAGGGGACAGAACCAUUUCUGUUAGGGGCUGCAUUACACAGUUUUAUUUUUUUGCAAGCCUGGCAGCUACAGAGUGUUGUCUCCUAGCUGCAAUGUCUUAUGAUAGGUAUUUAGCAAUUUGUAAACCACUGCUCUAUGCGAUGUUAAUGAAUGGCAGAGUCUGUCUACUGCUAGCAACUGGAUCUUGGCUAGGAGGAUUUCUGGUUUCUACAUUAAUAGUUAUUUUUACAUCGCAAUUAACUUUCUGCGGGCACAAUGAGAUUGAUCACUUCUUUUGUGACUUCACUCCAAUGAUACAGCUCUCCUGCAGUGAUACUAGGCUGGUCAUCCUUAUUAGUUUUAUAACUUCCUUCUUUGCUGCCAUUUCCCCAUUUUUCUUAACUCUAGCAUCUUACAUUUGUAUCAUAGAUGCCAUUCUGAGAAUCCCUUCUGGGAGGGGAAGACAAAAGGCUUUUUCUAUCUGCUCCUCUCACCUCAUUGUAGUAACAAUUUUUUAUGGGACCAUAUUGAUUGUAUAUUUGCUACCAAAAAGCAACAUACUGAGGUACUUAAACAAAACAUUUUCUGUUUUCUACACAAUCCUUACACCCCUGAUCAAUCCUCUUAUCUACAGUCUGAGGAACAGAGAAGUGAAAGAGGGCCUGAGAAAAGUUGUCAGCAAAUUUAGUGUCUUGUGA